ACAAUGUCCACUUCACUCCUCAAGCGCACCCCCGUCCUCCUCCUCCUCCUCCUCCUCCUCACCUUCUUUCUCCUCGUCCCGCCGGCGCUCUCGGUCGCGCCCGAGGAGUGCACCGCCGAAUCCGGCAAAUGCGUCAACAAGGCCAAGGCCCUCCCCCUCAAGAUCAUCGCCAUCGUCUCCAUUCUCGUCACGAGUAUGAUCGGCGUCUGCUCCCCGCUGCUCAUGCGCUCUGUCCCGGCCCUCCACCCCGACCGCGACCUCUUCGUCAUCGUCAAGUGCUUCGCGGCGGGCAUCAUCCUCGCCACCGGGUUCAUGCACGUGCUGCCCGACUCCUUCGACAUGCUGUCCUCGCAGUGCUUGCAGGAGAACCCUUGGCACAAGUUCCCGUUCUCCGGUUUCGUCGCCAUGCUGAGCGCCGUUGUGACGCUGAUGGUGGACUCAAUGGCGACGAGCGUGUAUAGCCAGAAGAACAACGCUGGCAUCAUUCCCAACAGCGAGGGCAGCAAGGGCCGUGACGGUGACCUGGAGAUGGACGUGGCGAACGCCGUGCAAUUGCAUAGCCACGGCCACCACCACCACAGGGAGGCGGCGAAGGUGGAGGGUGCGAGUUCUCAGCUGGUUCGGUACCGGGUAGUUGCAAUGGUGCUGGAGCUAGGAAUAGUGGUACACUCGGUGGUGAUAGGGCUUGGAUUGGGAGCUUCAAGCAAUGUGUGCACCAUCAAAGGCCUUGUGGCUGCUCUUUGCUUCCAUCAAAUGUUUGAAGGCAUGGGUCUUGGUGGCUGCAUUCUUCAGGCAGAGUACAAGUUGCUGAAGAAGCUGGUGAUGGUGUUCUUCUUCGCGGUGACAACCCCGUUUGGGAUCGCACUGGGGAUCGCGCUGUCAAGUACGUACCGGGAGAACAGCCCGAGCUCGCUCAUCACGGUCGGCCUGCUCAAUGCAUCGUCUGCGGGACUCCUGAUCUAUAUGGCCCUGGUCGACCUCCUCGCCGCCGACUUCAUGGGUCCAAAGCUGCAGCGCAGCAUCAAGCUCCAGAUCAAGUGCUAUGCUGCCGUGCUUCUGGGUGCCGGUUUCAUGUCUCUCAUGGCCAAAUGGGCUUGAGGUUAUGCUAAUUAUCCUCAAUAACAAAAUGUGUAACUGGAGUUCUAUUCUUUGUUCUUUUUGCUAUUUGGUUUAUGCUCGUGCUACAUGGUGUUUGGCUUUUGGCUUUUAAACAACAAUAGAA